CUAAAAUUUUAUAAUCAGCAAACCAGAAAUGAGCCACGUAGCAUGUCAGCCAACGGCGAAUGCUUUACGAGAUCGAUCGGUCGCCGGCCCAUAGUCUUCUAUUCAAUUCAACCAUAACUUUGGAAGCUCUCUCCUUUCUCAACUUUUAACAUCCUCCGCUUCCUUCUUCCUAAAUGAGUCUGAUUUCAACUGCUAAUUGAGUCUCUCAUCUUCGUGACCUUCAGUUCUCUGGUUCGUUAUCAGCUUUCAGAUUUUGUCUGGGUUUUGUGAUUGGUCUACUUUGUUAUUCGUACUAAUUGUCUGCAGCUAUUCUUUCGUUGUUUUAACAUUACAGAGGAUCCAACGAAUCAUCUUAAGCUCAUCUAUUAAGAGAUGUUACUUAGGGGAUUAGCUCGGAUUUCAAGAACAAGAUUGAAUCAGUGUCGAUGGACCAACUCAUGCGGAGCCAAGCAAGACCAGCUAUUGAUUUCUUGCAAUCACUACUCGUCCUCUAAGAACUCUGCUUUGAAGGAUAUGGGUCAUACAGAAAUGUACUCCUCGCGCUUGAGUGCUUUCUAUGGCUUUGGACGCCGAAUUCAUCAUUUGAGCAGUUCUAUAGAGGAGGAGCAAUUAGAUCCUUUUUCGCUUGUUGAGAAUGAACUGUCUAUCCUUGCAGAUAGGUUGCGAUCUAUGGUAGUUGCUGAGGUUCCAAAACUUGCUUCGGCCGCUGAAUAUUUCUUCAAGAUGGGUGUGGAAGGAAAGAGGUUUAGACCUACGGUUCUGUUGUUGAUGGCAACAGCUUUGAACAUCCAUAUACCUCAACAAACUUCUGAUGUAAUUGGUGAUGCUACAUCAACUGAACUACGUGGGAGACAACAACGUAUUGCUGAGAUCACGGAAAUGAUUCAUGUGGCAAGUCUUUUGCAUGAUGAUGUAUUGGAUGACGCUGAGACAAGACGUGGUAUUGGAUCCUUAAACAUUGUAAUGGGGAACAAGUUAUCUGUAUUGGCUGGAGAUUUCUUGCUGUCAAGAGCAUGUGUGGCACUUGCUUCUUUGAAAAACACUGAGGUUGUCUCUUUACUAGCGACAGUUGUGGAGCAUUUGGUCACCGGUGAGACCAUGCAAAUGACAACCACAUCUGAGCAACGUUGUAGCAUGGAGUAUUAUCUGCAAAAAACAUACUAUAAGACUGCAUCACUUAUUUCAAACAGCUGCAAGGCAGUUGCCCUUCUUGCUGGACAAACUGCAGAAGUUUCCACUUUGGCUUUUGAGUAUGGUAAAAAUCUGGGAUUGGCGUUUCAGUUGAUCGAUGACGUUCUUGAUUUCACAGGAACAUCAACUUCCCUUGGAAAAGGAUCUUUGACAGACAUUCAUCACGGAAUUGUGACAGCUCCAGUACUAUUUGCUAUAGAAGAGUUUCCCCAGCUGCGUGAAGUUGUUGACAGGGGACUCGAAAAUCCUGCUGAUAUUCAACUUGCUCUUGAAUACCUUGGAAAGAGUAAAGGAAUUCAGAGAACAAGAGAAUUAGCGAAGAAGCAUGCAGAUCUUGCUUCUUCUGCAAUAGAUUCCCUUCCAGAGAGCGAUGAUGAAGAUGUGUUGAGAUCGAGGCGGGCACUCAUAGAUCUUACUCACAGAGUCAUUACCAGAACCAAGUGAGUGGAUAUUAUAUUACUCACAUUGGUUAUCUCCACUAGUCGUGUUUUCCUUAUUCCUUAUUGCUAGCUACUACAAAUCACUCUAUUUCUUUUUUGACUGGAAAAUCGUUUCGUGGUUAAAAGGGGGGAAUGUUCCUUUUGAUCUCUUUCCGUCCAAUUGAUUCUUAAGUUAUAUACUUACCCAUUUUAGUUUACAAUAUAAACUAGACCCACAAUUGUAUAAUUGUAAAGUGGUAUUCUUUUUCUAGGGUUUUAUUCAACUGCUAAUAAUUGGAUCAAGUUUGAUCCUGCUUUUGCUCAGGGUGAUUAUUGUAAUUUUUUAAGUUUUA